GAGCCGUUUCGUUACGAAGACAGGUAAUGGUUUUGUUGUGAGUAUUUGUUUUCAUCUAGCGUGGCAUGCAUAUGCGGUUUACAAAUUUUAAUAUAUUUUGCUUUUUUUCGGUGUGAAUCUUUGGAUAGUUACAGAGAAAUGAAUCUUAUGUGCAGCUAUUGUGACUCUACAUUUGAGAACAUAAAAGACACAGUGUGUCACUGUGUUGAGGAUCGCCCGGCAGAAAAGGUGUCCUACAUGUGGAAGUCGAUUGACGGGAGGAGUAAUCGCCAAAGGACAUACAAUGUAUUGGGAUGUUACCGGCAAAGAAAUCAGUUUUGAUCCCCAAUCUGGGAAAAUGAUAGUACCUACCAAAUCUUCAGCCAGCGACAGCCCAGUUCGAAAACUACACAAAAUCAACACACCAUCAAAAUCAGUUCAUCGUCAAUUAUAUUCACAAUUAGAAGUCGACCAAGAACAUGUCGAAAACUUAUCUUCAACUGAGGCAACCGAUUCAGAUGCUGAUUUAUCGGAACUGUUGGACACCACAGUGUUAUAUUCGGAUUCAGAGCCCGACAUUGAGGAGUAUGAACUAAUGGAAAAUGCAAAUGACAUCCCUGAUGACGUAAUGGCGGACACACAAACUGUACAAAUGGUAGUUCAGCAACUUAAAACGUUAUUGCCGUCUGUUACCGCUCAUUUAGCUGAUUGUGGUCGUUUACAUGAAUGGAUGAAUUUCUUUCAUUUGAUUGACUCUGGAGAUUUUAGUGUAAAGCACAUUGCGGCCAAGUUGUUUCUAGAUGUCAUAAAGUUUUCAAGACUAGAAGAUGUGCGGCUAAUGAGAUACACUCCUGAAGUGAGACAGUUUUGGACAGUCGGACAGGCGCUAUUUAAAUAUAAGUUUCUGCGAUUCAUGGGAGGAUACAAUGUGUUUUCAGGAGCAAUUGAGCAUGGAGACAGUGACAAUAAAUCAAUGACAAAGUCUGAUAUUAACAUGAUAAAUUUUGUUUGUCCAAACAAGGAUGUAUUAAAGGAAGCGAGAAAGAAUUACGCGCUGGACUGCAGCACCCCAGGGAUUAUACAUUCAAAUACACACAAAGACCUGUAUAAGAUCAUGAAUUAGCAAAAUAGAACGAUUUGGACAAACAUGAUUUCGGAUAAAAAAUAGAGUGGCAUAUCAACAAGAUUUAAAUACAUGAAAUGGAUGAAGUAACUACAUAUUUGUAUUUAAAUCAAUGCAAAAUGUUACCAAGACGAAUGCUUUUAAGUGAAACUUAAACAGACGAGAAUGAAUCAUCUUUCUCUAAUGUUAAACACAACAAAUGAAACAAACUAUAUUAAAGGUCAGCACACAUGUAUAAUUAUCUGAUGGCUUCAGAAGAAAACCUAGACAUAUUCUGUUGAUGUCUUCAAUAGAAAACACAUACACCUUCAGUUGAAAACCCAUAUCUAAUGCAGUGACUUCGAGAGAAAACUCAUACUCAUUUCUUAUAAACACGACCGAGUAUUAAAGGCAAUUUUUGUAGGAAUAGAGGCAUAAAAUCAAAUGAAAAACAUGUACAGUCGAAAAAUAUGUUGAACUCGUUUUCAAAAGCUGGAAGUUUAAGCACAAUAAUUACAUUUAAUAACGAAUGCUUGUGUUUAUCAUGAAUUUGCUGUAUAAAACUACACAUUCAAAAAGAAACUGUCUGAUUUUAUUCAACACACGAUCAAACAACUGCAAAUUUGUCAUAUGUUUGCUUUGCUAACAAUUGGUAAAGAUUUACAGUUUACGUUUCACACAAAUACUCUUACCUUUAUAUGCACAGUUAUGAAUUCCAGUAACACAGGGGUAUGUGAGGCGUGUAUGUAAACAAAUACUCACAACGAAACCAUUACCUGUCUUCGUAACGAAACGGCUCGCGGUUUGACAUCGUCAGCCACCAGUGAACAUGAUAGACCCGUUUUUAAACUGCUUUUAUCUGUAAAUCCUUCUUGUUUUUAACACUGUCAACUGUAUUUAUACUGCAAUACACACCGUGUAUUACUUUUAACCUAUCCAAUCUACUUUUAACUUCUUGUACAGGCGCGCAGCUGCACAUAAUACUC